UUAUUGCCACCGACUUAUAUAUGACUACAAAUCUAGAUUUUUUUAGGUGUACUCUACGCUUUUACAGGGUAUAUCAUGGGUUAUAAUUUAGUGUGUGAGCUCAUUGAACCUGAAGUCAAAAUGACGUAAUCAACACGCGACUAACCGGAUCCGUCUCCUGUAAACACUAGAGACGUGAAGCUUAUAUUCCACGCUUCAUUAAGGAUAAUGUAGAGAUUCUUCACGAUUAAAGACUGACAUAAGAGGACCUGGAGGACAUUACCGGUAACCAUGGCCGCUCGGACGCUGCAGGCCGCGGUGUCCGCUGCCGCAUCUCUGCAUGCUGACCGGACGGCCGUAGUGUUCGACAGCGGCAGCUCGGCGCAUGCUGGACCCUCGGCGUCGCUGCUGUACCGAGAGUUGGUGCAGCUCAGCGGGGAACUUUCAGCUGUUUUUCUGAGGAGAUGCGCUCCCAUCCACAGCGUUAUUGGUCUGUACUGCAGCGAUGAUCUGCUUGUUCCUGUCUGGAUCCUAGGGAUCUUACAGUGUCCUGCUGCUUAUAUGCCGCUGGACCCCGAAGCUCCUGCACUCCUGUCGGCUCAGGUAAUGAGUCAGUGUGGACUGAAGUACUGCGCCGUGGAGACCCGCCUGAUGCAGCAGUUCCAGGCCACUCUCAGCAGAUACCUUACCUUUGAGGUUUGUGCGACACUGCCAAAGUUCAAGCUGACCCUGAUCCACAUUCAGAAGCUGUCAUGUGCUAAACCUGAACCUGGAACAAAGCAAGAUGGCCACCAGGAGGCUGGCUGUGGUGCAUCGUUGUUGGAGAGCGGUGCAGCUCAUGGAGAGCUUGCGUACGUACUGCACACGUCUGGAACAACAGGCCCUCCCAAAAUGGUGAGGGUGCCACACAGGUGUAUUGUUCCCAACAUACUGCACCUGAGGUCUCUGUUUCAGAUGAGUUCGUCUGAUGUGGUUUUUCUCGCCUCCCCUUUAACCUUUGACCCCUCGGUGGUGGAUAUUUUUCUGGCUUUGUCAUCUGGGGCUCAGCUGCUCAUCGUACCCAGCCUGAUCAAGAAAAUGCCUCGUCGGCUCGCUGGGCUUUUGUUCAAAGAGCAUAAAGUUACAGUCCUUCAGGUGACCCCCACUCUCCUCCUGAGCUUUGGCCACCACACUUUAAAAGAGGAGGUGCUGUCGCCCAGCUCGUCCCUCCGGGUGUUGGCUCUGGGGGGAGAAGCCUGCCCGCCUCCAGCUCUGCUGAGGAGCUGGAAACACGAGGAAAAUAAGACCUGCAUCUUUAACCUGUAUGGCAUCACGGAGGUCUCCUGCUGGGCCUGCUGUUACAAGAUACCCGAGACUCUGCUGCGGUCCAGCGACCUUGGAGAGCCCUCGGUUCCUCUCGGAGCUCCUCUGAUGGACACAGAGGUGGACGUCAGGGAUGAACUGGGCCGGGUCGUCACAGAGGGAGAAGGACAGCUGUUCCUCGGUGGAGGGGGCAGGGUGUGCCUCCUGGACGGGGAGGGCACUGUGGCCUCUGGGACGAUGAGAGCUACCGGAGAUUGGGUGAAGAUCAGAGAGCAGCAGCUGCACUUUCAGGGCCGGACGGACCGAACCAUCAAACGCAAUGGAAAACAAGUAAACCUGGACCACCUGCAGCAGCUCGUCCUGGCUCUCCCUCGGGUGGCGGCCUGUGCGGUGGGCCUCCACAGCAGCUCUCGACUCCUUGCUUUUGUUGUGAGCUCCUCCUCCUCCUCCUCGGUCCGGCAGCAUUGGGAGGAGGGGGGAGGAGCAGGUGGAGAUGAGAAGAGGCGGAUUCUGGAGCAGCUGUCUGUGCUGCUGCCUUCUCACGGCAUUCCUGACUCUCUGGAGCUCCUGCCGGCGUUGCCCCUGACUCCUCAUGGUAAGGUCGACCUGGAGGCUCUGAUGAGAUCAUAUGAAAGACAAAGGGAGCGUUUGGGAUUUCCACGGGGAGAUGUCCACACCCUGAAGCAGAGGCUGCAGGCGUUGUGGAAGGAUGCAUUAGGUCUUCCUGGAGAUGCAGACCUGGACGAGCAGUCGAACUUCCUGCUGAGUGGGGGGGACUCCCUGAAGGCUGUACGUCUGUGUGAAGACAUCGGCGCCGCUGUGGGAGCGCCCUCGCCACAGCUCCUGGAGGUGCUGCUGGACGGGACGUUCUCAGAGCUGUGGCGGCACGUCGCACUGAUGCUGGAGGGCCGCCCAUCCUCAUCGCAUCAGGCCAAGAAGAGACACGCCGAUCCUCCAUCUGCUGCAGCCAAGAGGGAGUGGAAGCCGGCGGAGAAACGGGCCGUGAGGGUGCUGCAGCGAGCGGGUCGGGUGACACAAAUGAAUAUGACGGACUCAAGCGAGACGCUGGAAGACGCCGGACUGAGGGGGGCGGAGUCACACAGAGCUGUGAAGGUGGAGAUGAGUCUGAGCUGGGCUUCAGACACCGGCAGAUGUGUGGACGCCUCCCCGAUGCUUCUGGUUAUCGACGGUGCGAAUCAGAGCUCCGACGGCUGCAGGACGACAGUGUUUAUUGGCUCUCACUCCCACAGGGUGCAGGCUUUGGACCUCGGUACCGGUGGGGUUCUGUGGGAGCGAGUCCUCGGGGGCAGGGUGGAGGCCUCGGCUGCUGCGUCUCCCUGCGGCUCGCUCAUAAUUGUAGGCUGCUACGACGGCUGCAUCUACUUCUUAAGUGCCGACUCUGGAGAGACCCGGUGGACGUUUAGGACGGGAGACGCGGUGAAGAGUUGUCCCGCUGUGGAUGCUGUCAGCGGUUUGGUGUUGGCCGGCUCACAUGAUGGAAAUGUUUAUGCUCUGGACCCACAGGCUCAGCGGUGUGUUUGGAAGCGUCACUGUGGCGGCGCCGUGUUUUCCUCCCCGCACCUUCACGAUUCCCCGCGACAGCUGUACGUGGCGACCCUGGCAGGACGUCUGCUGAGCCUGAACCCUGACAGUGGAGACGAGUCGUGGUCGUACCACAGAGGCGUCCCUUUUUUCUCCUCGCCCAACUGCUCCUCCAGCUGCGUGGUGAUCGGCUCGGUGGAUGGAAACAUCUGCUGCCUCACUCACACCGGAGAACUGCUGUGGCAGUUCCCCACACAGGGGCCGGUCUUCUCGUCUCCGUGCUUCCUCCGGGAACAACAUCGGCUUCUGUGCGGAUCUCACGACGGCCGCCUGUACUGUCUGAGUGCGGCCGACGGCUCUGAAGUUUGGACUUUUCAGACCUGCAGCAGGGUGUACUCCUCUCCUUGUGUGUUCCAUAGCUGCGGCGGGGGCGCCCUGGUGGCUCUGGCUUCCACAGACGGGACGGUCUGGAUCCUGGACGCAGCAAACGGACAGAUGCUGGCCUCGCACGCUUUACCCGGGGAGCUGUUCUCAUCCCCGGUAGUGUGUGGCGGCUGUGUGGUAAUUGGGUGUCGUAAUGAUUAUGUCUAUGCCUUAAAUCUGACUAAUAAAGAGGAAACCUGACGUAGUU